CAGAGAAGACCUGAAAUGAAAUGAUACAGCUCUGCUGAUCAACUGCACUCGCUGAAAAAGGCUCCUCGAAUCUGGGCUGCCUCCAGCUCCUCGCGCCGCCGCCUAGAUCCCACGCGUCGCCGCAGCCGGCGUCACGCCCCUUCCCUCCCCGGGUUCGUCGCCGAACUUCCCCGCCGCCCGCCGCAGUCUCCUCCCCUACGACCUCCUGCCACCACCAACCGCCGCCGGCUCCUCCCCAUCUUCAACUCUACCGACCGCCUCCUCCUCUUCCCCAUCUUCAACGGACGCCACCGAGCGUGCGCUCCUCCUGCGCAGCCACCACCCAAGCUAAAAUAUCGACCCAGGAAUGGCAGUGUCUUGGACACGAGUAUUGAAGCGUGGAGUUAUUCCAAGAGACACAGCUCAAUUGGUUGGGACAAGAGGCUUUGCCGUUGCGGCCAAGGGAAAGGAGGGCGGAAAAGGUGGCGCGGCUGAUGCUAAACCUGUGCUCAGCAAAGAAAUGAAGAGCACAGGUGUGUUUGGGGCGAAUAUCCUGAAGGAGGGUUCUGACCCGAAGAUCCAACCAGACUCUGAGUACCCUGGCUGGCUGUGGCACAUGAUCGACAAGCGUCCGGUGCUGAGCGAGCUACGGAGGAAAGAUGCCAAGGCGCUGCCCUAUGAAGACCAGAAGCGUUUUAUCAAGCUGGACAACCGGACUCGGAUCAAGAAGAACAAUGCUCUCACAGUUAAGAACUGAUCGGGACACUCUCAUCUCAUCAUAGUGUCUUCUUAUCUGGAGUAGUUGAUUUUGGUAAUAAUGUAGCAUUGAAGCCGAGCUCACAGUAGAAUGUAGCCUAUGCGACCAGCAAAAUAGUUUGUCAUGUUCUUAUGAAGAUUUAACUUGUGUGUCCUGCAGCAAAUGCUGUACCAAGUUUCCCAUGCUCCUGCUUGUUUGCGUUUCACGGUAAGAUGUAAGUUCCAUGCUUUGAAGUAAAAGCUAUAGCACAGGGGGGUGCUUGUGAUGAUACCUAUUAUUGGUACAGCUUUGAAAUUUGAAUUAUUUAUGCU